AUGAGCUCUACUACCAUUCACCAGCCUGGAGAAGAUGGAUGCCCUGCCAUCGCCAUAGUUGGCAUGGCAAUGCGAUUGCCGGGAGGUGUGCGAUCCGCUGCGGAUUUCUGGCAAUUGCUAAGUGAAGGCCGUGAUGGAAAUUGCGUCGUCCCGGACUCGCGGUAUAGCGAGGAGGGGUUCUACUCGGAUUCUGGCGCGCAUUCGGUCAGAAUGCGACACGGGUACUACCUUCAAGAAGAUCUGGAAACAUUAGACACCUCCUUUUUUGACAUGGAUGGACUACAGCCCUCUCGGAUGGAUCCACAGCAAAAGAUGCUCCUUCAGGUGGUAUGGGACUGUCUCGAAAACGCUGGACAGGUGAACUGGCACGGAAAACCUAUUGGCUGCUUUGUCGGUACUAUGACCAUCGAGACUGGUUGUUCCUCUUCCCUGGUUGCUCUGAAUCAAGCCUGUCAGUCUCUUAUUCUGGGAGACUGCUCUGCUGCUAUUGUGGCUGGAUCCAAUCUGAUCUUCACGCCCACUGUUGAAAUUCAUGGCUCGGGCCUUAGCGUUCACUCCCCAUCCGGAAUAUCCAAGUGCUUUGAUGCCUCCGCAGAUGGGUAUGGUAGGGGCGAGGCUGUUAACGCAGUUUUUAUCAAGCGGUUGGAUGACGCUAUGCAGGACGGUGACCAUAUUCGAGCUAUUAUUCGAUCUUCUAUGGUUAACUGCGAUGGUCGAAGCCCUGGAAUCACCACACCGUCUGCCGAGGCACAGGAAAGGUUGAUACGAGAAACAUAUAGGAGAGCAUUAAUCGGCGAUCUCUCGCAGACUGCCUUCGUUGAAUGUCAUGGCACCGGUACCCUAGCAGGUGAUCCAAUUGAAUGCUCUGCGAUAGCCAAGACAUUCCUUAAGGAAAUAUAUAUUGGCUCGGUCAAAGCCAAUGUUGGUCAUUCCGAAGGAGCAUCUGGACUUACGAGCCUCAUCAAAGCGGUCCUCUCUUUGGAAAACAGGCUGAUACCGCCCAACAUCCACUUCCAUCAACCCAAUCCACGAAUUCCCUGGGACAAUGGACGUCUUCGUGUUCCCAAAAAGCUGAGUGCGUGGCCUAAAAAUCGAAAGGAGAGAAUCAGCGUCAGUAAUUUCGGUAUCGGGGGCUCAAAUGCACAUGUAAUCCUUGACUCAUUCUCAUCUUCCAUGCCCACCGCUUCGGCUGAAGAUGACGUGAAAGAAUUAAAGCCCCUGCUGCUAGUUGUUUCUGCAAAGAGCCAGGAGGCCCUAUUGCGCCGAGAGCAGAGUCUGCUGAAGUACAUGAGCCUGCACCCGAGUCGUCUGGUGGAUCUUGCACAUACCCUUGGCUCCCGUCGUGAACAUCUUUCGCAUAGAGGCUUCUUGAUCAAUACGGACGGUAUAACUCCGGAUAUGGGAGCCAUCAAGCAUUCCAUUGCCGGUCGGCCUCCGAACUUGACUUACGUGUUUACGGGCCAGGGCGCCCAGUGGGCCGGCAUGGGCAGAGAAUUAAUGGAAUCGCUCAAAAGCUUCCGUGAUGAUAUAAAGUCAUUGGAUACUGCCUUGCAAAAACUGGAAAGGCCCCCCUCGUGGAGUUUAGAAGUCGCACUUGCAAAUGCAGAUGUUGAUCAGAUCAACACGCCUCAGCUCUCUCAGACUCUGUCUUGUGCACUGCAGAUCGCAUUAGUAAAUCUUCUUGCUAAAUGGGGAGUUGCACCCGCCGCAGUUAUCGGUCAUUCUAGUGGCGAGAUCGCAGCUUCAUAUGCCGCGGGAGCAAUAACAGCAGAGUCUGCAAUUGCCCUGGGCUACUAUCGUGGUCUGCUAGUAGACGAACUGGGCAAAGCAGGAUCAAUGGCCGCCAUCGGCCUUGGCCGAGAGCAAGUGGCAUCGUAUCUACGAGACGGUGUUGUCAUAGCGUGCGAAAACAGUCCUAAUAGCGUCACUCUAUCUGGAGAGCCACGUCAAGUCGAGGAGGUGAUGAACAAGAUCAAAUUGGAUCACCCAAAUGUACUAUGCAGAAUGCUUCGCGUGAAUAGAUCGUAUCAUUCAGGUUCGAUGACCGCCGUUGGCAAAGUGUAUGAAACCAGCAUUCGAUCCUACAUUAAGAGCCAGGCAACGAUGAUCCCAAUGUAUUCUAGCGUUACGGGACAAAUAAUUGUGGACCCGAAGCAGUUCAAUGCCAAUUAUUGGGUCCAGAAUCUUGUAUCGCCUGUGCUUUUCUGGGGCGCCGCCGAGUCCAUUAUGCAGGAGCAUGCGAGGCCGUUUUUCUUGGAAAUCGGUCCACAUUCUGCUCUUGCGGGUCCUCUUCGUGAAAUCUUCAAAUCCGUGGGUGAUGUGAAAAAAGAAAUGUCGUACGCUUCCUGCCUCAUCCGCGGGCAAUGCCAGGAAACAUCCCUUUUGGUGGCAGCUGGGGAGCUAUUCCUUGGGGGGAUUCGGCUGAACUUUGAGGCGAUCAAUGGCCACGGGAAGGUCCUCACCGACCUUGACCCUUACCCCUGGCAAAGUGGAGAGGUUGAAUGGUCUGAGAGCCGAAUAACACGAGAAUGGAGAUUCCGCAAGCACGCCCACCACGAGCUCUUGGGUUCUCGGGUCGUCGAAUCGACGCAGCUUGAGCCUUCGUGGAGGAAUAUGCUCCACAUCGACGACGUGCCCUGGAUUUGGGACCAUCGUAUCCGGGGGUCGACGGUGUUCCCUUGCGCCGGAUAUAUCGUUAUGGCUGGUGAAGCAAUGCGGCAGAUCACUGGGUGUGAUAAAUAUCGCUUGCGGAAUCUUCGCAUGAGUAAAGCAUUGACGCUCGACGAUCGCGACCGAACAGAAAUUUUAUCCAAUUUCCGACCGGCUCGACCGACGGAGGAGUCUGGCUCAGGGUGGACUAGCGCGAAACGAAACAACCUCACCGGCUGCACGAGAUAUAAGAGGUCUGCCAAGAUCUCCACCGCCAACUUGGAGAGAGAUGAAUCUUUUGGUACCGUUGAUGCUCCUACCAUCGAUCAAUGCCUGCAGCUUGUAGCAGUUGCCAUGUCCAAUGGUCUGUCUCGGAAAUGCAGCGCAGUAGGAAUGCCUGUGUAUAUUCAGGAGGUCUUCGUUGGCAAGACAGGGCCAGACGUGUUUCUUGAAGCAACCGCAGAGGGGACGACUCUCGGGGGGACCUCUGGAUCGGCAACUGCACAGUGGGGAGCCGAAGUGGGAGCAAAGCUUGAUGGUGUCGAGUUUAUGGGCUUCGAUGAAGGUUCUCCGGAAGACGGCGACCAGAAACUCUGCUCAAACCUUGUGUGGGCCCCAGACGUGGAUCUGGUUCCAGCAGGGUACUUGCUCUCGCCCUCAAAACCUGCCAUGUCUAUCAUUAAUGAGGCGUAUGCUCCAAGACAACAGUUCUUUGACAUGUGCAUCAUUGAAACUGCUCGACGAAUUGCUGAUUUGGAACCAGUCUCCGAGCACCUUCGCAAGUAUCAAAAUUGGAUAACCACAAGUUCAGCUGCGAUCCACAAAAAUCUCCGUUCUGGCGUUCCAGCUAAGGACAGGGAGUUCUUGGGAGUGCCUAGAGAAAAGUGGGCCAAAAUCCUGACAGGUCUAAAGCGGCAGAUCGAUGAAACGAUACCACUCACUAGACAUUUCGCAGGACUUUCGCUCGUUAUUUUGGAAAACUGCACCGACAUCCUACAGGGGAGAUGCCAGCCACUGGGUCUACUAAUGGAAAACGACGGUUUAUCCCAGCUGUACGGCACUGGCGAUAGCAGAAAUUAUGAGGAGUUUUUGAAGCUCCUAGGGCACUCUCAACCCAAUCUUCAGAUCAUCGAGAUUGGAGCGGGCACUGGGGCAACGACAGCAAGGGCCCUACAAUGCCUCCAUACUGAAGGAAAGGUUCGUCAGUAUUCGCGCUACAUGUUUACUGAUAUUUCUUCGGCCUUUUUCCAGCCAGCAAUGGAAAGGUUCAAAGAACACGAAGCCAUCGAAUUUGCGGUUUUAGAUAUUAGUCACCCUCCGGCGGACCAGGAAAUUGAGCCCGCAAGCUUUGACCUAGUUAUUGCGUCGAAUGUGCUCCAUGCUACAGGCAGUAUACAAGAGACCUUGAUAAAUGUCAAAUCCCUUCUGAAGCCCGGUGGGCGGGUCCUGAUCGAAGAAAUUUGCUCUGAGGCCCAACCAAUCGACUUCAUCAUGGGUGUGCUCCCCGGUUGGUGGAUAGGGGGGAAAGACAACCGUGUCGACGCCCCAUAUAUUUCGGUAGAUCGUUGGCAUAGCGAGCUACGAGAAGCCGGCUUUGAAAAUAUUCAAUCGGCCCCGGGUGAAGCAGAGAUCUACAUGACCUCAAUACUAGCAUCUCUCCCCCCACUACUGCAGAGUGAAAAGUGCACAGUGAACAUACUCUACAAUUCGCAGAGACAUCCAUGGGCAAUCCAAGUUGCUAAAAGGAUAGAGGCUCUCGGGUUCCCCGUCCGUUGGUGUACCAUUUCAGAUCCACCGCCUGCCAACCAAGACGUCAUUUCCUUCCUCGAUACUGAGGAGCCGUUCUUGUAUUCUUUGACCGAUGCCCAACUUACCCAGCUUCAACGGUAUCUUUCGUCUUGUAUCUCCACUCGUGUUCUAUGGAUGACUCGCAGCUCCCAGAUGUGUUCUCCAAAUCCCCGUUAUGGGUUGACACUGGGUUUCGCACGGACAAUGCGCACGGAAUACGAAAUGGACUUUGAUACGGUGGAGCUGGAAGAGCUUGACCAGGUCUCAGAACAAGCUGUUGUUGAAAUUUACCAAAGGUUCCAUCAACAGAGAUUCCAAAAGGGUGAAACUGUGGACCAUGAGUAUGCCAUCCUAGAUGGAGUGGUUCACAUUCCUAGAUACCACUGGAGCAAUCUGUCUGAAAACUUACUUGGGGACCCUUCUCCAGCAAGCCCCAAAACCCUCACAGUCGAGCAGCCGGGAAGUCUGGACUCCCUCAAGUGGAUUGAGAAUGAUUUGCCCACAUUGGGUAGGGACGAGGUCGAGAUCGACGUGAAAUUCGUGGGCCUCAACUUCCGGGACCUGAUGGUGGGUCUCGGAAUGUUGCAAGGCAAGAACGAUAUUGGAUUAGAGGGAAGCGGAGUGGUCCGACGUGUAGGAAGCGAUGUUGCACAUCUCCACGAGGGAAGUCUAGUGGUAUUUCUCGCCUCGCCAGCUUUUAGUACCCGCAUCGUCGUUCCAGGGGCUCUGGUUGUUACGAUACCUGCUGAGCUUCCCUUGGAUCAAGCAGCCACAAUUGGAUGUGCAUACACUACCGCAGUGUACUGUCUGCUGAGCGUGGGACGACUGCAAAAAGGUCAGUCGGUGUUGAUUCACUCUGCUGCGGGCGGAGUAGGGAUCGCAUCUAUCAUGAUCUGUCAGAUGCUCGGCUUACAGGUCUUUGCGACGGUCGGUAAUCAAGAAAAGGCAAAGUAUCUCACCGAAACCUUUGGAAUUCGGAAAGAGCACAUUUUCGAUUCUCGGAGUACCUCCUUCGCGCCGAAUCUGCUGAAAAGAACCCAGGGCCGAGGCGUCGAUCUAGUCCUCAAUUCUCUAGCAGGAGACCUCUUGCUAGCAUCAUGGGAUUGUGUAGCUGAAGGAGGCAUGAUGGUGGAAAUUGGUAAACGCGACUUGAUGGGUCAUGCUAUGUUACCCAUGGAUCGGUUCCUUGCCAAUAGAUCCUUUGUUGGGGUGGAUAUUCUUUCCCUUGCCAAAUCACGACCCCAAGUCGUGCUAGAGUGUUUGAAUCAAGUCUCUACGCUCUUAGCCAAGAAAUUGAUCGCGCCUAUUCAGCCGAUGCAUACCUUCGCAGCUGGUAAAAUCACCGAGGCAUUCAAGUAUAUGCAGGAAGGGAAACAUACGGGAAAAAUUAUCGUUGAAAUGCCAGACGACACUAGAAAGCUACCCAUAUCCAAAGCCCCAUCACGCAUCUCCUUCUGCAAUGAUGGCGCCUAUCUCCUUGUGGGUGGUCUAGGUGGGUUAGGUCGUGCAGUGGCGCAAUGGAUGGUUGAAAAUGGUGCCAGACACCUGGUCUUCCUUUCACGGACUGCAGGGACCAGUGACAAUGACGCCAAUUUCGUCCACGACCUGGAACUCCAAGGGUGUUACCCCCUCUUGAUCCCGGGUGACGUGGCCAAACUGGCGGAUGUCAAAAGAGCAGUUGCUGCCAGCUGCAAGCCGAUGAAGGGAGUCAUCCACAUGGCAAUGCUAAUGAAGGACUCUCCCUUCUUUAGCAUGACCCAUGAGCAGUGGACAGAAGCACUGCGCCCCAAAGUCGAGGGAGCGUGGAACCUACACGACGCCUUGCAGUCUGCUGAUCUCGACUUCUUCGUCAUGUUCAGCUCCGUCGCAGCAGCGGCAGGCUCUGCUGGACAAGCAAACUAUACAGCGGGCAAUACCUUCCUCGGUGCCUUCGCGAGAUAUCGCCAGUCCUUGGGACUGGAGGCCUCCGUCCUCGAUGUUGGUUGGAUCACCGAUGUUGGCUAUGUUAGCCAGCGUCCCGAGCUCUUGGACGUUAUGCAGUCCAAAAGCUUCAUUCCACUACGAGAAACUCAUCUUCUAGGAGCCAUGCAACUGCUCUUGUCCCCGCCCAAGUUGGUCGAUGGGGUGGCAUCCAAGUUCCGUGACGAGAAUCAUUUGUCGAUCGGACUGGGUCUCCUGUGGGUACAGGCUUCCGGUGAUGUACGAUGCAAAGAUGCCCGUUACCGCCACGACCCAGCAGUAGGAGUCACUCGCCUCGAACCUCGCUCAUCAGAAGAGAGCACUAUCAAAGGUCUUCUUCAUGCCGUGGAAGAGAAUCCCGAAAUCUUGAAACUUGCUCCUACUGUCGAACUUCUUACUAAGAAAAUGGCGCUUUUAAUGGGGCCAUAUUCGGCCGCGGUCAAGAACGAAGAUUGGGCGGCCAUGGCUGAGAUCUCGGUUGACUCGCUAGUAGCUGUGGAGGCUCGAGCGUGGUUGAAGCGCAACCUAGGGGUUGAGCUUGGCCUUGUCGACAUCGCGACUGCGGGCACUGUUCACGGCGUCGUCUCUCUAACAAUGGCUGCGCUGAGCCUGAAAUACUCCGUGAAACGUUAG